CGGUUGGUGGUGUGUGUGUGUGUUUGACGGCUGCGUGCGGUGCUCAUCACAUCGCAUUCCGAUGUGAGCGAGAUGUAAACCGCUGUGCGGACUUUUAUGUUUUAGUACCAACAAAACAACAAAACAACAAAAAAAAAAAAAAAAAAGAAAAAACCGGAAAAACAAAACCCCCUCAAAAAAAAAAAAAUUUUUUUAAAAGGAAUAAAAAAAAAAAAAAUGUCCAACUUGAAGGAGUCCAACACUUGUCCCGACGGUUACCGGGCUUUAAGCACAAGUGAGCUGCGGGAGCUUUUACAAAACGACGACAAAAUGGACCAAAUCAUUCGGCUCAAUGAGAAGUUUCAGGACCUUCAAGUGGACCGGGAGAUGCUGCUGACCUCCAAUCGGAGCGUGGCCGAGGAGAGCCUCGCCCGACGACCUCGCCUUUGUAACGGCAAACUCCAACUGGCGGAGAAAUACCGGCAACUGUCCAACCUGGCAACCACAUGCUGGGAAAAACAGAGUCAGCUUGAGGCUCGCGGCCAGAAGCACAGCCUGCAGACGGCGCAGAACCUCCUGCAGGAGGAGGUUGCACGUGCAGAGGAGCAUUCAGAGGAGCUGCUGGAGAAAUUCAUGGAGGGAAACGUAAGCCUGGAUGAGUUCCUGGACUCCUUCCAAAGCUCCAGGAAGACGUAUCAUAUCCGCCGGGCUCAGGCGGAGAAGAUGCAGGAGGUCGCCCAGGCCAAGCGGCAGCCGAGCAAAACGAAGAGAGCGGAGGAGAGCAAAGUCCCCGACGUGAGGAAGGACUCGGAGCAGCCUCAGGAGCCCCAGCGGCCCAACGGCUUCGUGGCGCAGGGACCUCUUAGAGUGUUCCAGGUACGCUACGGCCUCACGCCAGCCAUCCUCCUCCCUCACUACCCCGUUUCUCCCCCUGCCUCGGCUCCAAGCUAUCAAAGUAGCACCCCACCACCUGAACCCCAGCCGGGACAGACCCACAUCCUCAGCCCCAACACGCCACUUCCAGGACACGGCCAGCCAGUCGGCCUCAGGGUCAUCGGACAGUUACCGGGCGGCUGGCCGGCCAACGGGCGGCCGGUGAGAGUGCAGCAGCUUUACAGGCCGAACCCUCAACAGCCUGAACCGCCGUACCGAUAAUCUCGAGGAGGAAGGGGAGGAUGACGGAGGAUGAAAGUUUUUGAAGAGGUCUUCCAAGAUGUGGAACCAAACAGUGGCUGUCACAAUCAUGUAAGCAAAGACUGAUCCAGAGCCAGGCAGCACUGCAGACGUCCGUUUCUGUUCUCCAUCCAUGACACACAAAUGUAACCAGAGCAGAGAUAGCGAGGCGGCUGAGGACAGAGAGGACCGGGGAUGGGCUCCGAUAGCCGGAUUCGUUAAACUAACGAAUCUCUUAUCAAACUUUUUAUCUCCUUUUUAUUCCUUUUUUCUCUUCGAUAUAGACGAAUCUGGGGUCUGAAUUUAUCUGUGCAGCGCCGCCGCCGCCAUCACUGCGGUGGCAGAGUGAAACUGAACACAGCGGAAGAAGGGAUGAUCGGGUUAAUCGCGGUCAGCGGUGCCUGUUUCAGGGUGGAAGUUAUUCAGGAUGAAAUUGGUCAUGAUGCAGAUUUGGGGGGGGGGAUAACAUUAACGUACAGUUUCUGUCCUUGAGAUUGAAAGAUGAGGAUUUAAUGAAGGUUUAGGAAAGUAAAAUAGAUAUAAGAGUAACAGCUGGGGGCUUUUUUUAUAAGUCUGAUAACAGUAAAGAAUUCUUGCCGCUGUGAAAACUGGACUAAAUAUCAUAAAAUGUAGAUUAAUCUAAGCUUUAUUUAAUGGCAUUUAAUGAAGAUAUUCUCACUAUUCGAUCUCCUGGACAGAUUUCUUGACGAAAAGGACAAAAAAAAAAAGGUGCCACCGCAUUAAUGGCAGCUUGUCUACUUCCGCCUACAGCUCUGAUUCGUCUACAGGAAGCAGCUUCUUAUUCUUAGCCAACCGUUGCUGUCGCUGUAGCCAAUUAAUCAGUCCCUCCUGGAUUUUACUGGCCUUUUUUUUUGGUAAUUGUUGGGUCUAAUAAUUUUAUAAUUGGUACAGUCUAGAUCGGCUCUAUUUGACAAGAUUUGGCGUUACACAAAUAAAACUGAAUUGAAUUAAAAUACCUGAUUUCACGGCAGCUUUUCUAAAACAUCGCAACGCUUGCUGCACUGUUUAAAGCGCUGAAACUACAGGAAAAAGUGUGCGAGGGACAGUUACGAUUGGUGAAACUCGUUGGGACUCCACAAUGACGAUUGUACAAAAUUGUAAGGUUGCGUAGAAUUCACGAGGAGUUGUUUUAAAUUUGCGUUAAUUGUCGCGAUCGCAACUUUCCGGAGGGACUGAUUAAUGUUAAAUCUCUGACGGCUCUAUUACGCUGCUCAAAUUACUCGUGUUUCUGCCUUUUCCGCCAACGAAAGGUGAUUAAACAUCUUUAAGUUGCCUUUAAUUACUUACAAAUGCUGCGAAGGUUGAUGCCAUUUGGAAAAAGGGAUUCUGAUUUGAUAAGUGGAUUUCGAUUACUGGAUUUGAAUGCGAUAAACUGCUAUCGAACCCCAUCCCUAUGGAGGACGUGAACGUUUUUAUUAUUUUUAACUUUAUUAUAAUUUUUUUUUUGUUUUUAUACUUUACAUGGACAGAUGUGAAGCACAAGGUUGUGAAGCACAUCUUCAACGCCAAAAAAAAAACAAAACAAAAAGAGGAUCUCAUUGUUCAUUCAUACACUUUUAGGAGAGAGAGGCUUUGUGAGAUGCCAGGAGUCAUCAAAAUGAAUGAUGGCAUCAAUAAAAUGGUGUUUUAAUAUAAACUCUCAUUGUUUUUUCAUCUCAUCAAAGAAAGGCAACGACAUUUAUACUUGGAACCAUUCCCAAGAUCAUGAAUGCUGAUAUUAAAUCACUGCGGAGCAAAAAAAGAGCAGAGCAGGUGGUAUUUAUUGAUAAUUCCCAGACCGUAACCUGUCAAUAAUAUCUGCAGUGUCAUAAGUGUGUGUGUGUGUGUGUGUGUGUGUGUGUGUGUGUGUGUGUGUGUGUGUGUGUGUGUGUGUGUGUGUGUGUGUGUGUGUGUGUGUGUGUGUGUGUGUUAGCAUCACAGAUGAUUUCCCAAAGCCGUCUGCCUUCUUUUCAUGUGAUUUCAUGAACAGUGUUGGAGCUCACAAGAUUUAUUUAUUCAUGUAAAUCCUAUUUUAAAUGGCUGACUUCAAAGCUUCUUGUUUACCGUGCUAAAUGAAGAGCUGCCUCUCCCUUUCAAGGCAGCCAGUGUUUUUUAUUUUUUAUUAUUUUCUCCCACCCACCCCAACACAACACACACACACACCGAACUGAGAAGCAGAGUGAGGGGAAUUUAAUCUCUAUGAGAAUGCCAGCGCUCUGCAAGCCCACAGUCGAAUAUAAGGAGGUUUAGGAAGGUUCCCCCCCUUCUCAUUUCGCUCUCCUCAUUAUCCGUCCUUCAGCAUUUAAAGGGAGACGCUCUGGAAUGUAGUUCUUUUUUAGUUUUUAUGGUUCUGCUCUUGAACGUACAUCUUUUGCUCAUUAAUAACUCAUAUAAGUGCAUGCUUACUGCUUACAAAGUACAUGAAAAUGCCUUUUGCAGGCCAGUGCCCAGUUGCAUAAAGAACCUACAGAAAAUACUCCGAGGUCUUUUUUCUUUUUGAAGAUUUAAAGUUGUGAAGAGAAACAGUUGUAAUUAAAGCUGGGUCAUCUCCUCAGUAAGUGUUCGUAAAAGCUCCAGUGUGUAACAUUUAGGAGGAUCUACUGGUGGAAAUUGAGUAUAAUAUUCAUAGUUUUCAUUCGUGUUUAAUCACCUGGAUUAAAGAAUCUGAGGUCGCCAUGUUUCUACAGUAGCCCAGAACAGACAAACCAAACACUGGCUCUAUAUACGCCCGUUUUUAGCGUGUUUAAUGGGUAGUAAUCUCCACUAAAUCAUACACACUGGACCUUUUUUAAAUCAAAAUAAGUGAGAUUUGUAAAUGCAUUUCAAGGCUUUGACUUUUACUUUCUGUUUUGUUACAAUUCGGGUAAUUUUUUGGGGGGCGUUUUUGGACGUCGUUCCAAUCUGAUAACGCUCCGCUGAGAUCUGUGAGUGCGGCUGCAUCGCUAAAAAUAAGUGGAAGUGGUCAACAGGUGCAACAUUUAUGGGUUAAAUAUAUCCGAUAGUGUGUCUUUAGCUAUCUGCACACGUCUUUGGAUCUGAAGUGAGGUGAAAUUGGUUAGCCUGUCGUCCCUGAAGACAGCUGCUAUACAAGGAAAUAAAUUACCUUUAAAGGGUCACCCAUCAAAUCCUGAUCUGUAUACUCUACAUUUCUUUAUUUUAUCUUUAAAUUCUGUGUAUUUUGUUUGGUUUUUUUUUGCUAUUUAUUGUGGGCAGAAAUUGAAAACCAGUAAAUAUAUUCAACAAGUGAGGCAGGGCAACAAAACAAACCCAUAGAUUAGUCAAAGUUUGAGAAAAUGAAGGUUAAUGUGAAAAAUUAUCUUUUUUUUUUACUGUUUGCUUCUUUCUGAUCCAUGUUGAAACUUCUUUUUAGAGCCGCUGCCACAUUCACAGAUCUCACUUUGAUGAUGUUAUUAUGACCCAAUUUCUAAAGUCUGUUUCCUGGAACGCAAAAAAAGAAAAAAAGUUAAAUCGUUAACAAUUAAACAAUGUUUUUAUUAGAGAAUGAAAUUGAAAUGUGCCAAUAACAUUUGUCUCUCCAGACUGGAUGAUACUUUUGAAGAUACUUUGCAAAUUAGCCCAGUUUAACCUGCUUUUUUUUAUUGUCUGAUUGUUCUUAUUCGAUUUCAUGCCUUUGCUCCGCAGGGUUUUUCUUACAUACUGAAGAAAGGAAGGAUACCUCGCCUUUUUUUUUAACAUGCACACAAUUAAACUUAAAGAGAAAACUGUUUGAUUUGUGAUCAAGAUUUAAGAAAUCACUCAAUAUUUUACCUCACAAAUACAAAUCAGUUCAGCGUUCUGGGAUUUAUUUGCUUUCUUGCCGAGAGAAGAUCUCACGUCUGUGUGGUAAAUGUGACGCUACACCCAGAAGACGUUUAGCUUAGCAUAAAGACUGGAAACGGGGGGGAAAACCCUGGCUCUGUUCAAAGGUAACAAAAUCCCACCUAUCAACGUCUCUAAAGCUCACCAUUUAGCACGUCAUAUCUUGUUUGUGUAGUCCGUACGAGAGUAAAAACAACACAUUGCCUCCGUUGGUUCCCUUGCAACCUCUCAUUGAUGAUAAGACUGCGAGGAAAAGUCAACACGACUUGUUUUUACACAAGAUACAACAUGUUAGUGACUUUCAGAGGCGCUGGUGGUUUGUUACCUUUGGACUCGUAUUCAGGAUGGUGAAGCUACACGGCGAGAUGCCACUGAAGCCUACACACUGCUUCUUUUUCAAAAACACCUUUUAUAAAGUAUAACUGGACGUUUGCAACUCUCGGCAAGAAAUUUCCCAAAAGGUCAAACACCUUGUUCUUUAACUUCAACGGCGUUUAGGACGUGAACGUUUCGAUGUAACUGGGCACUGGCUCCAACCAAUACAUGCAGUCUUGUGUCCACUCAGGGUCAAAAAUAAAAUGCAGUGCCGCUUCCCAACCUGUAGCACAGAUGGACCCGGGGUGACGGUGAAUCCGAACCCGUGGAUCUCAUGUUGCCCUCCUUUCAUUUAUUUUAUUUAAUUUUUUACACAGGUGCAUGCCAGAGAGACUCUAACCGUAACCACGGUGACACCAAAUCACCUUCCUCUGUUGCAGUGAGAUUUGACCGAAUGAAGGUUCAUUGCUCGAGUCCUGACAUUUGAUUUUAAUUGUUAUUUUUGUAACAGUGCUGGUACAAAAACAAACCAGGAAUCCACCCUCACCAUACUCUUACUGGUGUUUUAAUUCAGGCCAGAUGAUUCAUGUAAGAUGUGUUUGAAAUAUUCUCAAAAUGUAAAGUGCUUGUUUCUGCGACUGUGGUUCUCUUUGUCCGCUCUGUUCUAGUGUCUCUGUCUCUUUUUUUCUAUCAAGGAAUUUAUCCCAGCAGCCUUCUUUCAAAGAGGGUUAUAUGUAAUGAAAUAAGUUGCUUUAAGACUUUAAAUUUAAAUAAAAUGUGGCCACCCUCAAACAUAUCACAUGAUUUUUACACCGCGGCAUCUCUGUGGCUGCAGGCGUCCGUACCAGAUGAUUACGAGCGAUGUCAAAGCCGAUCAGCGCCGCAGUGAGUGAAGAUGAUGCUAAUAAUAUCCCGAGUUGAGGCUUUUUUUUAUUUUUAUUAUUUCUUAUGAAGCUCCGUGUUGUCGCAGCUACAGUACAGUACGUGUGACUGGACGCAUGUGGCUGUCAAAACCCCUCAGAAUGAAAACAGAGAUGCAGGAGAAUGUCACCUUGACCACUAAAUGACACAGAGAUCUCACGCAAACCUGAAAAAACCUGCAAAGACUUGUUUUCCAAUCAUAGAAACACUGGAAAUUAUUUAAUAGUAUUUUAGGUCCUCGCCUACAUAAACUUAGGUGCGUAUUUUCUUAAACUUUCAGACAUGGAGCUGAAAUACUAGAAGAUUUACACAAGAGAGAGUCUCAGUAAGUCAGUUUGUGAUUCAAAUGUUUGAAUACAGUAAUAACAGUGAAACUUCAAUUAAAAGCUGAGUCCCUUUUACUGGUUAAUGUAUUGAUAAAUAAACACAGGUCUCUUUGGGUCUGCUUUUGUUAAUAUGGACAUUCUUUACACAUUAUUUGUUCAUUUUAAAGAAACCAUGAGCACCAAUUUACUUGGAUUUACCAACAUGGGAAACGAGAGGGACGGGGAUUGUUCAAAACACAGAAUAAAUAACGUCCACCUUCACUAAAACAAAUACAAAGCACGCAACUAAAUAUGGAUAAAGUUUCAGCUCGCAACCGUCCCUGCCUGAACCCGCUGUGUUCAGUCCUGGUUGGAGCCGCUGUAAAUCACUGUGUUCGGUCCCAAUCUUGGUCCUUAAAGACUUUUUUGGGGGGCGGAUUUGGAGACUAUAUCUAGACUAGCUAGGGAGAGUCAAGACUAGGAGUCACCUGCUGUUGAGGUUCAGCAAAGUAUCGAGGAGGAAAAGGCGCCAAAUCAGGACGUAACUUAUGACAGAUAUUUCAUUUGGCGAACUUUUUCUUAUUUGGUUGAAGUCCAUCGCUAACUCUCUACUGCAACGCACUUUAACUGACAUAAAUCUGUCUCUCUCUCUCUCUCUAGAUCAAAUUUUUAUACUGGUUUAAAUAAACAAUUUAAUAGUGUUUCCCAUCUUUGAUGUAAUUAAAAGCCCUGUGUAUAUAUAUAUAUAUAGACGUCUGAUAUAGGGGUUGCUAUAAAGCGUGAAGGACUCUGGGUAAUGUGAAUAUGUCUUCCCGUGUUUCAGUUCUCAGCGCCGUGAUCUUGAAUACAUUUUGUCACUUGAGUUUUGUCCUGGUAUCAUAAAACAACCUCUCCAGAGUCGGCUCCGUGCUGCCUAACACAUGGGCCAUAAUGUGCUGUGACGGCGACUUUCCGAGCCAAAAAGUAAAGUGAGUGUGUUUUAAAAUGUUCAAAAGACACAGCUUUUUAAAAAAAAAAAUGUUUUCCAGCCUCUUUGAAAACCGAAAGACCACAAUGAAGCUUUUUGGAGUCGCGGUGGCUCGUUAAAAGAUGGAAAUGUUUCAGUCCGCACGUGAAGCACUUAUCGACAUUAUGUAACACAGCGUGGAUACAGUACGGGAAGUACAUCCUUAUUUAUAUGAGCUGUGUAAAAAGAAAAAUAACAAUAAGUAGGUUAUAAAAUACACAGAGGAAGUCAAAUAUACCUCAGGAGGAAGCAAAAGAAACCUACAAAACAAUGAAUAAAAUAACAUAAAUAAGGAUAAAAUGAAACGAUGUGAAGUGAUAGAGAAAUAAUGAACACAUGAGUCUGUUUUUUGGUGUUUUGGUCUAUAACAAUAAACAGUAAAGAGACAAUAAAAUAAAAAACAAGUGUGGCAAAGAAUCAUAAAAUAGAAAACAAAGAGAAUUAAAUGUUCAAAAGAAGGAAGGUUUUUAUGACUUUAUUCUCUGCUUUGUAUUUUCCUUAUAGGUCUAGUGUUUAACACACUAAAGUGAUUCUUUUCACCUCACAGAAAGACAAAAUUAACUUAAUUUCUUCUAAAAACAGAGCGAAUAUUGACCACACAUAUGCAACCUGUACAGGUUUUAAGGGGGUCACGAGCCCGACUAAUAACGUGGAGACUUGAUAUCUCAUUAGUUCAGAUUUAGAGGCAAUAAGUGUUAAAUAAUGGGGGUGAAAAAGGGAUAAAAACACUUAUCUUAAUGUCUGCAGGUGUGUUGACUGGAAGGCCACUGGUUUAUUUCCAGCGAGGUGACCUGAAAUGCUUCAUUGUCAGGGUGAAUUAUGAUUGAUUGAUCAUUAAUUUGUCAAAGUAAAUUACACACAGCCACCGGGCCAGUCCUUACGGGACACGUAGGAACCGACAAGCUGAGCAAAAAUCAUGCUAAAUUAUUAAUAUCGAGUACAUUAGAGGCCGUACUCGGCGCCUCGUGUGGUUGAAGAGCCGCUAAACCGUAAAUGUGAUGAAUAUUUUUACUGGCAGCCGACCAGCUGGUCAAACGAGGCUCUCUCUCUCGUCAUCUAAUUUACUGAUUGUGUGUGUGUGUGUGUGUGUGUGUGUUGAAAUCUGCCCAGUGGAGGCGUAAUUACAAGAACAAUAGCUUUGAAAGGAAUUGUGACAUUUUUUCUUCAUUGUAGUUAAAGCGUUCACAGAAAUCAAAAUGUCACCGCAGGGUUGUUUCAUCUGGGAUUUAACGCAGUAACCACCAAAGCAGACACAGCUGCUCUCACUCACUUGAAUCCUUUGUCACAUAUUGGGUUAUUUUAGCCUUUAAAGAGCCGUUAAUCAAUGUUUUUUAAUCAGCAACCGUCGGAUGGGUUGCCAAGGAAGAGCGGUGACUCCCUAACUUUUACUCAAGCUCCACCAUUAGGUUGACAUUUUGGUUUCCUGGGAAAUGUCUAUAACAAUGACUAUUGUCUAAAUACAAUAGAUACAACUACUAAAUACAGUCUUAACUGUUCAUUUAUGGUCCCCAGAGGAUGAAUCCAUGGUGAUUAUGUGACGGCAGGGUUAGCUGGUUGGUGCAGAACAAACUAAAAGGAGAGUUAUUAUUGGACUUUUAGAUUUGUCUUUACAUACUGUACAUUAUCCUCACAUUAGCCUACUGUACAUUCAUUUUAAGUUAUUAUACUGUACACUCCCCUACAUAAGCAUACUGUACAUUUUGUGUACUGAGAAGUCAGCUCAGAGGUGUGAAACUAGAAACUUGGCAGCAGCUGUAAUUCAAAAAAAAGUGUGUAAACUUCAAGAAUAUGCAGCAAAAUCAGGCCGUAGGAGUAGGAGAUUUAUAAAACAUUUGCAUAAGAUUUACAUAAACAUAAUCAAAAAUGCUGCUCUGAACGGCAGAUACCAAUAUAGUGUGUGUGUGUCUGUCUGUGUGUGUGUGUGUGCAUAGGGGGAAAUGAGCGUCUAAAAAUGAAAGCACAGCAGUAAUUACACCCCAGAAAUAGGUCCUAAUUGAAAGGUAGCUCCAGUAGCUACACUAAUGAAUUGAUUUAAUCAUUUAAUAGUUAAUUAAAAGGCAGCACAGUUGCUCAGCGGUUAGCACUGUCACCUCACAGCGAGCAGCCUCCCUUUCGAGUGCCAGUUACUCAUCUUCACUGUGUUAACAUGACUUCCCCCCCGCCCCGUUAGUCCAAAAAUAACACUUGAUAUUGAGAUUAUUUUUGCACAUAGGUGUGAAUAACUUUUACAUGUGCCGACUUGGGUUUAAUUAUAACACCGAAUAUGAAAUUUCCCCACUCACAGCUCAAUAUAAAGUUUAAAAUUAAAUUAUAAAUUAGGAAUUUGGGGCAGUUCAUGACGUGAUGCAACUAGAAAUAAGCAUGCUCUUUUUUAUUUUAUUUUUUUUAAAUACACCUGCUUUUAAAUGAAUUAACAUACAAAUAAACUUCCAUGUUUUAAUUAAUCAAUUAUCGUACAAAAAUGUCCAUCACGGUUUUCUGAUGUUAGCAUUUCCACAUAAAAGAAGGCUGCUGGGAAAGUUCUUGUGCAUGCUCAGCUUUACUAUCUACUAACACGAAACAUGUUGACGUUUUACUGAAAAAGACUUUGCGUGUCCUCUCACACAUUCAAGUGACCUUAAUCAACAUGUUUACCUGUGAAAUUAUUUCCAUUUGCUUCCCAUUGUGGAUCCAGGAGUUGUCAAUAAAAUACAUCUGCCACUCUGA